CCCCUUCUUCGCUCCCUCUACUCAGACUCUGUUUCUCUCUGUUUUAGCCUUCAAUUUCUCCUCCAUUUUCCGCCAUGGAUGCUUCCUUCGACUGCCUCAUUUUCGACUUGGAUGACACUCUGUACCCAUUCAACACUGGAAUUUCAGCUGCUUGCAAGAAAAACAUCGAAGAUUUUCUUGUCGAAAAAUGUGGAUUCCCAGUAACCCAAGCUUCAAUUCUUCGUACUGAGCUUUUCAAAACCUACGGCAGCACUCUGGCUGGUUUGCGAGCAUUGGGUUAUGACAUCCACGAAGAUGAUUACCAUGGCUUCGUCCAUGGAAGAUUACCAUACGACCGGCUGAAACAGGACAUCCAGCUCCGGCAUCUCUUGCUGUCAAUUCCACAACGAAAAAUCAUUUUCACGAACUCCGACAUGAACCACGCGACAGAGGUGCUCGGUCGGCUUGGCUUACAGAAUUGUUUCGAGAAGAUCAUAUGUUUCGAGACGAUGAACCCGAACCUGUGUGGUGGAUUAAUCAAACAUUCACAGACCCGAGCCAACGAGUUUCCGGUUCUUCUCAAGCCGUCGAUGGACGCCAUGAGAAUUGCUAUCGACGUCGCCGACGUUGACCCCCGUCGUACGCUGUUUCUUGACGAUAACGCCCACAAUAUCGCCGCCGGAAAAGCCGCCGGCCUCCGCACCGUUCUCGUGGGGAAGCUCGUGAAGAAUAUAGAGCCGGAUUAUGUAGUGGAAACGGUACAUAAUUUGUCACUAGAAAUUCCAGAGAUAUGGGUAAAUGCAAAAUUAGAUAAUGGCGAUGGAAUGAUCCAUCAGAAUCGAAACGACGUCGAUUCUAUUCUCAUGAAAACAGCUAUCGGUGCUUAAGUUACUAGACGAUGUUACAUAAUAAUAGUCUUGGAUGUGGUCUGGUUGUGUACGUAAAUGCUCGGUCUAAUCAAUUAUAUAUCUUAUAAUUGAUGUAGAAAAUCAUUCCCCAUGUAACAGUGUAAUGUAUAAUGAAAUAUAUGAGUAUAUUUUCAAC